AAUAGCAAUAAUGUAAAUUCAUAGAGUUAUAAAGGGGUAGGAACUAGGAAAAAGUGUAAACUUCUUCCUACUCCUUUUUAGAACCUUUGUACAAAUGAAGAUGUUACUGUUUAUUUUUAUUUUUUAUGUCCAUGUUCAAAAUAAAUUCAUUCAUUCAUUCAUUCAUUGAGGUUUGCAGACAGACUGGGAUCAGAACCAGAACCAGGAGAUGGACCGGGAUCAGAACCAGAACCAGGAGAUGGACCGGGAUCAGAACCAGAACCAGGAGAUGGACCGGGAUCCGAGCCAGGACUCCUCAUCCAGCAGGACUAAAGCGGACGCUGCUGGUCUGCAGAAUCAUAAAGGAAGACCCAAAAGACACUGCUGUGAUGAUUGCGAGCAAGUCUUCACCACUCCAUCAAACCUGAAGAAGCAUAAGAAAACUCACACUGGUGAUAAACCGUACAGCUGUGAUCAGUGUGGAGCGGCUUUUGCUCGACAAAGUACUUUAAGGAGUCACCAACGUACUCACACUGGAGAAAAGCCUUACAGAUGUGAUCAGUGUGUAGCGGCUUUUGCCCAACAAGGUACUUUAAGGAGUCACCAACGUAUUCACACCGGAGAAAAGCCUUAUAGAUGUGAUCAGUGUGGAGCGGCUUUUGUCGAGCAAGGUGCGCUAACGAAACACCAACGUAUUCACACUGGAGAGAAGCCUUUCAGGUGUGAUCAGUGUGGAGCGGCUUUUGCCCAGCAACAUACUUUAAGGAAUCACCAACGUAUUCACACUGGAGAAAAGCCUUACAGGUGUGAUCAGUGUGGAGCGGCUUUUGCCCGGCAAGGUACUUUAAGGAGUCACCAACGUAUUCACACUGGAGAAAAGCCUUACAGGUGUGAUCAGUGUGGAGCGGCUUUUGCCCGGCAAGGUACUUUAAGGAGUCACCAACGUAUUCACACUGGAGAAAAGCCUUACAGGUGUGAUCAGUGUGGAGCGGCUUUUGCCCGGCAAGGUACUUUAAGGAGUCACCAACGUAUUCACACUAGAGAAAAGCCUUACAGAUGUGAUCAGUGUGGAGCAGUCUUCACCACUUCAUCAAACCUGAAGAAGCAUAAGAAAACUCACACUGGUGAAAAACCGUACAGAUGUGAUCAGUGUGGAACGGCUUUUGCCCAAAAAGGUAACCUAAAGCGACACCAUCGUAUUCACACUGGAGAAAAGCCUUACAGAUGUGAUCAGUGUGGAGCGGCUUUUGCCCAGCAAGGUGAUCUUAAGAAACACCAACGUAUUCACACUGGAGAAAAGCCUUACAGAUGUGAUCAGUGUGGAGCGUCUUUUGCCCAUCAAAGUGAUCUUAAAAAACACCAGCGUAUUCACACUGGAGAAAAGCCUUACAGAUGUGAUCAGUGUGGAGCGUCUUUUGCCCAUCAAGGUGAACUUAAGAAACACCAGCGUAUUCACACUGGAGAAAAGCCUUACAGAUGUGAUCAGUGUGGAGCGUCUUUUGCCCAGCAAGGUGAUCUUACGAAACACCAGCGUAUUCACACUGGAGAAAAGCCUUACAGGUGUGAUCAGUGUGGAGCGUCUUUUGCCCAUCAAAGUGACCUUAAAAAACACCAGCGUAUUCACACUGGAGAAAAGCCUUACAGAUGUGAUCAGUGUGGAGCGGCUUUUGCCCAGCCAGGUAAUCUUACGAAACACCAGCGUAUUCACACUGGAGAAAAGCCUUACAGAUGUGAUCAGUGUGGAGCGUCUUUUGCCCAGCAAGGUGAUCUUACGAAACACCAGCGUAUUCACACAGGAGAAAAGCCUUACAGCUGUGAUCAGUCUGGAGCGGCUUUUGCCUAUCAAGGUGUACUUAAGAAACACCAGCGUAUUCACACUGGAGAAAAGCCUUACAGAUGUGAUAAGUGUGGAGCGUCUUUUGCCCAGCAAGGUGAUCUUACGAAACACCAGCGUAUUCACACAGGAGAAAAGCCUUACAGCUGUGAUCAGUCUGGAGCGGCUUUUGCCUAUCAAGGUGUACUUAAGAAACACCAGCGUAUUCACACUGGAGAAAAGCCUUACAGAUGUGAUCAGUGUGGAGUGGCUUUUGCCCGGCAAGAAACUUUGACGACUCACCAACGUAUUCACAUUGGAGAAAAGCCUUACAGAUGUGAUCAGUAUCAGAUUCUACCAUCAGAGUACAAAUGA